AUGCAUUUCAGUGUCGCUACCCGUAUCGCCUACGCCCUCAUGCUCUUAGUCAACUCGAUAAUAGCUUGGAUAAUGCUCACACCUUGGGCGAUCGAAAAACUACAGCACCUAGCUCUGGACUAUGUCAAGAUUAACUGCCCAAAUGGAGAGUGCUAUGGUUGGCUUGCCGUUCAUCGAAUCAACUUUGCUCUCGGCCUCUUCCACAUCGUACUCGCUGGCCUGCUUUUCGGAGUUACAUCUUCCAAACACCCUCGUGCCGCCAUCCAGAAUGGUUACUGGGGGCCCAAGGUCCUUGUGUGGUUGGCUCUCAUUGUUAUUGCCUUCCUCAUACCAAACCAGUUCUUCAUAUUUUGGGGAAAUUACGUUUCUCUGAUUUGCGCCAUGCUCUUCCUGAUUCUGGGUCUUGUUCUCUUGGUGGAUUUAGCGCAUACAUGGGCAGAAUACUGUUUGGGACAAAUUGAGGAUACAGACUCCAAAUUCUGGAGAUUUAUUCUCAUCGGAUCAACUCUCGGCAUGUAUCUCGGAUCCAUCGCAAUGACGGUGAUCCAGUACAUUUUCUUCGCCCAGGGAAACUGUCACAUGAACCAGGCAGUCAUCACAAUAAAUCUCCUUUUCUGGCUGGCUGUUUCUUUCAUAUCCGUCAAUCCGAAGGUUCAAGAGUUCAACCCGAAGGCUGGCUUGGCACAAGCCGCCAUGGUUUCAGUGUACUGUACCUAUCUCACGAUGUCCGCCGUGUCAAUGGAGCCUGAUGACAAGCACUGCAACCCGCUUAUCCGAGCGCAAGGCACCAGGACGACCUCUGUUGUAAUAGGCGCCAUUGUAACAAUGCUGACCGUGGCAUACACGACAACACGCGCUGCCACGCAAAGUCUAGGCCUCGGAGGCAAUUCGGGUGGCAUUCGGCUGCCUGAGGACGAUGAACACGACUUGGUUACUCAGCAACCGAGCGCGCGACGAGAAAUGAGGGCCGAGGCGUUGCGCAGAGCUGUAGAAGAAGGCAGUUUGCCUGCGGAUGCCCUCCUCUCAGACGAUGAGAGUGAUGUUGGCGAGGGUACGCCACAUGACGACGAGCGCUCCCGAACCCAAUACAGCUACACCGUCUUCCAUGUCAUUUUCUUCCUUGCCACUGCUUGGGUCUCGACGUUGUUGACUAUGCAAUACGAGGAAAGCACCAAAGAGGGCGAUUUUGCCACAGUUGGACGCACAUACGCAGCAAGUUGGAUAAAAAUAGUCAGCGCCUGGGUGUGUUAUGGACUGUACAUUUGGAGUUUGAUUGCGCCAAUUGUUCUCCCUGAUAGAUUCGAUUUUUCCUAG